AUGCUCCCCAGCCACAUCAAGCUCAGCUCGUCCCUAACUUGCCGUCUAGUAGGCGGCUUGACCAGAGAACAAAGGUCUGUCUGUAACGAAGCCCCCGACACAGUCGCUAUAGCCUUUGAGGGUCUACAGUUAGCGGUUAAAGAAUGCCAGCAUCAGUUUCGGUGGCACAGGUGGAAUUGUUCCAGCCUACUAGUUAAGAGUAGCAACCCACAUGCUAGUUCUAUUAUGAAAAGAGGUUUUCGAGAAUCAUCAUUCCUCUACGCCCUGUCCGCAGCCGGGGUAGCUCACUCAGUAGCACGAGCGUGUGCUCAAGGCCGUCUCCUCUCCUGCGGAUGUGACCCUCUUGGGUACCGAGCUUCCCAUGAUCCUCGCGGGAGGGCGCGAGCCAACAAAUGGGAGUGGAGCGGGUGUUCGCACAAUUUAGCGUACGGAAUCGAGUUCUCGAAGAAAUUCCUCGAUGUAAGAGAACAAGUCGACGAUUUGCAGUCCAAGAUCAACGUGCACAAUAAUAAUGCAGGCAGAUCGGUGAGUUUUGUGAGAAAUUUAUUGAGACUGUUAUCUAGUGAAGAAGAAUUUAUAUAA